AUGGUUGGGCCAUUGAUGGAGGUGCUACACUACAAGGACAAGGACCUGGUGUCCGGUCUUCUAUUACAGCUGAACAAUUUGAGAAAAGAGGGAAUCCUCACUGAUGUUCUCCUCUGCUCUGAGAAUAAGGAGAUCCCCUGUCACAGGAAUGUCUUGGUCUCCAGCAGCCCUUACUUCCGUGCUAUGUUCUGCAGCAACUUCCAGGAGCGUGGGCAGGCCCAUGUGAACCUAAAGGACAUUACUUUUGCAGUUUUGAGUAGCAUCAUCGACUAUGUUUACACCGGAGCCAUCAGCAUUACCAUGGAGCUAGUUCUCCCUCUGAUGCAAGCUGCAUCCAUGCUACAAUACGACAGACUCUUUGAAGCCUGCUCUGCUUUCCUGCAGGCACAACUCCACCCAGACAAUUGCCUUAGCAUGAUCCGCCUCUCGGAGAUCUUGCACUGUGACAGUCUGAAGGAGAAGGCUAAGGAAAUGGCCGUAAGCAGCUUUUCUGACGUAGCCGCCUCGGAGGACUUCCACGAACUCUCCUUACCGGAGCUGGUGGGGUACCUGGAGGAUGAUCGGCUGUGUGCUGAGGAGGAGCAAGUGUUUGAGACUCUCCUGGCCUGGAUACACCAUGACCCCUUUGCACGCAGUGGUACCAUCCAUGACCUCUUCAGACAAGUACGACUCAGGCACAUCCACCCAGCGUAUCUCUUCCAGUUCAUUGCCAGUGACCCCUUGAUCCAGUCCUCCACGCUGUGCACAGAAAUCAUCGAGUCUGUGCGCCGUCUGCUAUUCUCUGCCGGCACCCAGUGCCCAGGGGACCUGGAGCCACUCUGGGCAGCGCCGCGACGGCACACAUGUCAAGAGACGUUGGUAUUAAUCGGCGGUCGUAAGAACAGCAAGCAAACCUCUCGCGAGGCACUGCUCUUCGAUGAACAGACACAAGAGUGGCAGUGGCUAGCGAAGCUCCCCGUGCGUCUUUACCGCGCCUCUUACGUCUGCAUGCACAGCAUCCUCUAUGUUCUGGGUGGACUGGUCAUGAGAGCGGAUAGCGAGAGCAUCCCCAGUGCCUCUGUCUACACACUCUCUCUCAGAACCAACCAGUGGAGGACUGCCGAGCCCAUGAUGGCCCCCCACUACUCCCACCAAAGCGUCUCCUACUUGCACUACAUCUUCGUGCUGGGUGGAAUGACUGCUGACAAACAGAUCUCCAAUGGAGUUGAGAGGUACAACACCAUGUUCAACCAGUGGGAGGCAAUGGCUCCCAUGCCUACAGCUGUGCUACACCCAGCUGUGGCAGCACAUGAUCAGAGAAUCUAUGUGUUUGGAGGAGAGGAUGCCAUGCAGACUCCAGUAAGGCUAAUACAGGUAUAUCACAUAGGCAGAAACUUAUGGUGUAACCUGGAGACUAGGACAGUCAAGAAUGUUUGUGCACCUGCUGCAGUUAUUGAUGACAAAAUCUACAUUAUAGGAGGCUACACAAGAAGAGUGAUAGCCUAUGACGUCAAAGCCAACAGGUUUGUGAAAUGUUCAAAUAUGAAGGAGAGGAGGAUGCACCACUCUGCAGCAGUGAUCAACAACAGGCUCUAUGUGACAGGAGGCCGAUACAUUAAUGGCAAUGAUGUUAUUGAAGACUCAGAUGACUUUGACUGCUAUGACCCCAGCACUGACACGUGGAGGUCAAAAGGAGCGUUGCCUUACAAACUCUUCGAUCACGGCUCACUUCCCUUAGUCUGCGUCUCCAACAAACCAAAUUCACCUUGA